UUUGCUCUCAGCAGCUUUCUCUGCCUGAAGAGAUUCCUCAGCCUUUUAAGGCAUACACCUCGACCCCUCAGGAUGAAGAUUGAAUUUGCUCCACUCGCAACCCCUCUCCGGAGAAGGCUUCAGACGGCUUCGGUCGUUCAGUGGGUCUUCAGUUUCUUGGGGCUAGGCCUCUGUUGCAUUGCAAUCUUUGCCGGUCUCCUUUUCACCCGCUUCUGGAUGAUCAGCGUCCUCUAUGGUGCAUGGUGGGCCUGGGAUUGGGACACCCCAAGUAAAGGCGGACGGAGAGUCCACUUCAUCCGGAACUCGGUGGUCUGGAGAUAUCUGAAGGACUAUUUUCCCAUCACGUUGGUAAAGACAGCUGAGCUGGAUCCUGCAAAGAACUAUAUCUUUGGCUUCCACCCCCACGGGGUCCUGGCGACUGGAGCUUUCGUCAGUUUCUGCACUGAGGCCACGGGGUUUUCCAAGCUCUUUCCACGUAUGACCCCGUACCUGAUGAUGUUGAGCCUCUGGUUCAGGGCCCCCUUCUUCCGUGACUACCUGAUGAGUGGAGGUUUGGUCCCAUCUGAUAAGGAAACGGCUUCCUACAUUCUAAAGAAGCCGGGAGGGGGGAAUGUGCUCACCAUCAUUGUCGGAGGUGCUCAGGAAGCCCUGGAUGCGCGGCCUGGAGCCUUGACGCUGCUGUUAGAAAACCGGAAGGGGUUUGUUCGCCUGGCCAUAAGACAUGGAGUGGCCCUUGUCCCCGUGUUUUCCUUUGGCGAAAAUGAAUUAUAUGAUCAAGUGGAAAACCCCAAGGGUUCAUGGCUGAGAUGGAUACAAGAACGCCUGCAGAAGGUUAUGGGGAUUUCCCUUCCUGUCAUGCAUGCUAGAGGUAUCUUCCAGUACAGCUUUGGGCUGAUUCCGUACCGGCGGCCGAUCUACACUGUGGUUGGAAAGCCCAUUCCCGUUGAAAAGAAACAUAACCCAAGCGAAGAAGAGGUAGACGAGAUACACAGGAUAUACCUGGAAGAACUCUGCAAACUCUUUGAAGAGCACAAAUUGAAGUAUAACGUUUCAGAGAACAAGCAUCUUUCCUUCAGAUGAAAGGCGACGUAGAAGAAAUCAUUCAUAUAUUGUUUACAUUGGGUUUGAUCCACGAGUGGAAGGAAAAUAGACAAUUGGGUUGUUUCGCAGAUGCUUGCAUUGGGCCUUUUGUAAGAAGAAUACGUGCAUUCCUAUUAUGCAGGGGUGGCCAAACUGUGGCUUGGGAGCCACGUGUGGCCCUUCUAGACAUAUUGUGUGGCUCCUGGAGGUCUCUGAGUAUCGCUGUGGCCAUACAUUUUAUUUUAGUUUGUUUAUUUUCCUCCCUUCCCUUCUUUCUUUCCAUGUCUUUAGCUCCCUUUCCCUUUUUUCCUUCCUUCUUUCUUUUCAUGUCUUUCCCUCCCUUUUCUUUUUUUCAUUCCUUCUUUCUUUCCAUGUCUUUCAUAUUUUCAGUAAAAAUGUUGGGGUCACCAGGUCUGACUCAGAAAACACCUGGGGACUUUGGGGGUGAAGCCUAGCAAGGAUGGGACGUCACUUUCGUGAUGUCACUUCCAAGUCAAAUCACAGGUGAUGGCUCUUCCCAAGCUCCACCCCUUCCAAUGAUGUCACUUCCAGCAUACUGCAACAAAACCCCACCCCUUCCUGUGAUGUCACUUUCAGGACACUCCCCCAAACUCGCCUCUUCCUCUGAAGUCACGUCAAUGCAUCGUGUCUUGCGGCUCUCACACAUCUGACGUUUAUUCUAUGUGGCUCUUACGUUAAGCAAGUUUGGCCACCCCUGCUAUAAUGUGUAUAUCCUGAGGCAAUACUAAGAUUUCCCCUUGAGGCUGGGCAAAGAGAAUAACACCUUUUUCUCCCCUUGCAUAAUGUUCUCAUGUUGGGAGGAGGAUGAGAGAACCGUAUAUGAGGCACUGACUUUCUUAGAGGAAGGACAAGAUGGAGAUGUGAUAAAAAGAGCGCUAGGAUAAAGCAGUCCGUCUGUGAGCCGAAGAUGCCUUUCUCAUCUGGAAGAUCCUCUUUAGUUCCAACCAGGGGUCAUUUCGUAGAAAAAGAGCUGGAGGAACUCAUUAGCAUAACCUAUUAGCAUAACUCAUUAGCAUAUGACACGUCCCUUGACAUCACCAGAAAUGUGUCAUUGGCAUAACUGAUUUGCAUAUGCCACACCCCCUGACAUCACCUGUCCUGGCUGUUUUGGACCCAAUCCUGGCCAUUCAGGGCCGAAAUUGGGCCCAAAAUGGCAAAAAGGGGCUGAAAAUGGCCAAAAGGGGCCCAAAAUGGUCAGGAUCGGGCCGCUGAUGAGCGGGAUAGUGAUCCACCACCCGUCAGAGGCCCGAUCUGGGCCAUUUCAGCCCCAAUCCAGGACGAAACAGGCCCAAAAUAGCAGAGAGUCAGGUGGGCGGGGCCACCUGACCUGUGACCUCUUUGGGGAACUGCCGGAACUGCGUUCCAGCGCGUUCCCCCUCGAAAUGAGCCCUGGUUCCAACUCAAUUGAUUUAGACUUCCUGGCUGAGAAUCUCUCUACACGAAAUGCCCGGGUGCGUGUUUGUCAAGUGCCGGGAGACGCAAUAUUUUUUUAAAAGGAACUUUUUAUUUUGUUAAUUUUGUCCAAACUUUUCUAAAACUUUAGUUCACAACAUAUAACAUGAACAAGAUACAAAAGCUUAACAAUUCUUGGAAGUAAACAUAGUUUCAUAGACUAGAAGAUUACUGAUAAUAACAUUACGUGAAGUACAGUAAAUAUACAUGUUCAAGUUGUGGUGAAAAGAUUGAAUGUGUAAGGGUCCGCAUUAGGUAACUGACUGGUGUCGUGCGGAUAGUUCAGGAAGGGUAACCAUCGUUCAAAAAAAGUUGAUUGAUAUUGUGGAUUGCCUAUAGAAUGAAGAUGAUCAGCUAUUUUUUCCAGGGUGAAAAUGCCCCACAGUUUCCCGUUCCAUUGUGUUAUGCUUGGCAAUCUCUCUUGUUUCCAAGCUGACGCUAACAGCAUUUUAAUUUUUCCUGAUAGUUGGUGAGACACAAUGUUAACCAGGAAGCGUAGUUUUAAAAGACAGCUGGUAGAGAUCGUUCCAGAGGGGCGGAUUCUCUCACAGCCUCUGCCACCGCUGCUUAAAACUUUGAAUUAACCAAGCCUUGGCAGGGCAAAGGCUCUGGAAGAGGAGACAAUUUGACAUGCCAGAGGUGGCGGAAGGCUAUGAGAAAUCUAUCCCCUUCAAAGUGAUCUCUGCCGGCUCUGUCAUUUAAAACUAUGCUUCCCAGCUAACAUUGCAUCUCCUGACUCGUGAAGAACACGUGUCAGUAGUCUUGUGUAGAGAGACUCUUAGACAUAUAUUUUCUCAGAAGUGUCUCAACUUUAGGAUAGUGUGAAUUGGUAUAAUGCAUGUAGAAAUGAAUAUCAGGAGGGCCUGCCUGAAUUUCCUUUUUGUAUUUGUGCCUGUCCAGUAAUGUACAGGCAUGAAGUGGGAAACAAGACAUUUAACAGGAUGUUUGAUGAUCUCGAAAUGCCAGCCCUGAUUAGAGCUCAGACUUCGCACAUACUUACACAAGCAAAUCCCUCUUUGAUUUCAUGAUGAUUAUAUGUUCAAAAAUGUCCUCAGAAUUAGAGCAUUUUGAUUUUUUUCAUCAUUAAAAAAAAUGGAUGGACAUAAUGCAAAAUGCAUGGUUGUAGCAUGUAUGCAGGAAACAAUAUAUUGAUCCACAGUCUUUAUUAUGUUAAU